AUGCAGGAGUCUCCGGGUGCCGUGGGUGUGGACGGCAGCUACGCCAGUAACGUCCCAGCCUUCCUCACCAAGCUGUGGACCCUGGUGGAGGAUCCAGAUACCAAUCAUCUCAUCUGCUGGAGCGCUUCUGGGACCAGUUUCCACGUCUUUGACCAGGGACGCUUUGCCAAGGAAGUCCUGCCAAAGUACUUUAAACACAAUAAUAUGGCGAGCUUUGUUCGACAGCUCAACAUGUAUGGUUUCCGUAAGGUGGUGAACAUUGAGCAGAGCGGCCUAGUGAAGCCUGAAAGAGACGACACAGAGUUCCAACAUCUGUAUUUCCUCCAAGGACAUGAACACAUGCUGGAACACAUCAAGAGAAAGGUGUCCAUCGUGAAGAGUGAGGAGACCAAAGUGCGUCAGGAGGACCUCAGUAAGCUGCUCUACGAAGUCCAGCUUCUCAGAACACAGCAGGACAACAUGGAGUGUCAGAUGCAGGAUAUGAAGCAGCAGAAUGAGGUGCUGUGGAGAGAGGUGGUCUUACUGAGACAGAAUCACACGCAGCAACAGAAAGUCAUGAACAAGCUGAUUCAGUUUCUGUUCAGCCAGAUGCAGUCCAACACACCCAGCACUGUGGGCCUAAAGAGAAAGCUGCCCCUGAUGUUGGACGAUGGCUCUCCAAGUCCUCCGGCCUCCAAGUUCAGCCAUAGUCACCCAAUGGAGCCCAUGCAUGAGCCCUUCUACAUCCAGUCGCCAUCCAGUGAUAUUGCCUCUUGCUCUAGUAGUGGGCUGACAGGAGGACCGAUUAUAUCCGAUGUAACUGACAUGUCUCAGGCCAGUAUGGCCCUCCAGAUGCAGCCUGAUGAUACCAGGGAUAAGUGCAUGAUGCUUAUCAAAGAAGAGCCUGUGAGUCCAGGAGUGAGAGGAGGAGGGAAAGGAGGCAGUGCAGGGGGAGGAGAAGCCGUAGUGUUGGCCUCCUCCUGUGAGGUGUGCUCUUCAGAGCCACCUGUCCUCCCUGUCGCAAUGGUCCAGUCGGUUCUGGAGGGGAGGGGCUCUGUGGCCUCGGCGGUAGAGAGGAGGAGUAAGAGACCGACCCUGGACAGGGUGGAAGUUUCAGAUGCAGUGGAGAAUGUGGAUAUGAGCCUGGAGGAGCUGCAGCAGUUGCUGCUCAGGAGCCAUCAGCAGAGCACUGUGGAAGCUGGCACCAGCGCUGUUUUGGAUCCCUUCAGUUUAAGCCUUCCUCUGACUGAGUGGAACUUCACAGAGAUGGAGUCCAACCUCAAAUCAUACAUGUUCCAGAACCAGGAAGUGGAGGCUUUUCAAGCUUCUGGCUGUGAGGAGCAGUAAUCCAUGUGUGCUGUGGACUGUCUUUUCUCAAAUGGAAGGCACAGAAGCUGAUGUUCUCCUCAUUAUUCCACUCUGCAUGGGUUUGAACACACGGCUGCUGCGUACACGUGGCUUUCUUUGCUUCCUUCUAUCUUUCUUUUCUUUUUUUCUUUCCAUUCGCAGACCUACAAGAUGCAGCAAUGAAAAAGCCUCAAACCUAUCAGCCAGCAGCUGUAUGAGCAUGACCGCUUCUUGCAUGAGAGGAGACGCUGGUCAGAGUUUACUAAAGUUACCCAAACAGACAAGUGUGGUCUGACACGAAUAUAGCGAGACUCUAAUAUUAAGCCAACUGGAUACAGACAGGGCAUUAUUGGCUCUAGGCACUUUAGUCUUUGUGUGAGAGGGAGUUCCUGCUUGUGGAAGUGACUUUUUCUUCCUCUACUGUAUAAAGAAUCUUAUACCGAUGUACAAAUGAAUAUUUUUAUGAACUUAUCCUUUUUAAAAUUUGUAUCCAAGAGAAAACUUUGGCGAAGAAGUCGCUUCGAAAAACCUUUUGGAGUGCAAUGAAGCACACUGUAUAAUACACGUUCUGUUUAUUUCAGUCUGUGUAAGGGUGUUGACCAUUUAAGAGAUCCUCAAUUAUUUCAUGAUAAAUAUGUUGCGAUGGAUCUGAGGUGAUUUAAAAGCCUUCUGUGAUAGCAAAGGUUCUUCUUGCCACUCUUGUAUCUAAAACGUUAAGAAACCUUUAGUUGUUUUAAAGCAUAUUAAGAUAGGAGGUUUAAUCUAAUGUAUCUUUGCAUAGGCCUGACAUGUAGCUCGAGACUUGGUUACUUCUCUUCUGUCCAUUUAAAUGUGAAGUUUAAAAGAAAUAUUAAAAGAUAGACUUCUCAUUUGACAAAACCAUGAACACCACUGCAUUUUUGCACAAUCUGUAUCACUAGUUAUAUAUAGUCAUGACAACAGGUCAUUUAUUUUGUGUUUGUAGAUGACCAACACUUUGUCGCUCUACACAUGCCUGUCUGAGAGAGAUAGUGGCCUCAAUAACAGGGUUCUUGAAAACUUGAAGGCACAUUUUAGUCCCCGAGACAAGAUGUCUCUGAAUGUUACUCCAGUUUUUAUUUGAAAACAAAGGCCACACUUUUAGUCGAUACUUGAGUGUGCAUGGAACAUAAAACCACUGAUAGAAAAAUCAUGACAGCUACUUUUCAUACUUUGUAGAAAGAAGAACGCUCACCUGUCUAGGAGCCAAUCUCUAAAGAGAUUUAUGAUUAUGAUUGACUGUGUUUCAUUAUAUGGUGGGUUGGUUAUUUGAGAUUUUAAUCUGUUAUAGAACCAUGAAUACCUGCUUUAGGACUGCAUAAUAAUUCUCAGGAUUAUUUAAGAUAAUCAAUAAACAUUCAAUGUAAAAUAUUUGUUCACUACACUGGUUGCAGGCAACAGUUUAGAGGUUAAUUUAUUUGAAAUAUUGGAAAAAUCCUGGUGAUGAGUUGAAUCGUGCAAUACUGAACAGAACUGUGAGAACUCACAACAUUGCAAUACAUGGAUGACCAUAGGAAUGUAGGAAACAGCAGCUGUGAGUGGCGGACUGCAACACACCCUGGUAAGAUGUGCUGCAGAAGGAUAAUGUCAAACUAAAGCGUCAACCUGUAGUUUCAGUUUUGGGGAGGCAAUGCUACAGGAGCUACACUGUAACACCUUAUUGCAACUUUAAAUCCUGCUUUCCAAAUGCACAUAAUAGCUGGACACAUUGUCCCCUUUGUGAAUUUAAAGCAGAGCAAAAAGAUUUGAACAAACUGACCCGCAACGUCAUCGUCAAAGCUACAGGCCGAUGCUAGAAAGGCUAAAACUCAGGGUAGCGAUUCGCAUUAGCCUUUUGAGAAGGGCAUCGCAUUUUCUCCAUCAUGUACCUUUGAAACUGUGUAUUACUACCACCACUUAUAAUUAUGACUCCAAUUGCUAAAUGUUAGAAAAUUAAUUCCUCUGACUUAGACAUGACAACACUUUAGGUUUUUUAUGUCUGCAUUAAGUUAUGAAUAUGCGCUACGGAAGACGAUCUCGUGGCUGUGUUCCUAUUUAGUUCAAUUUACCGAGACGUUACGUUGGAUUUGUCAAAUUAAAAAGCUAAUGCAAGCUGCUCCCUGCAGGUUCACAUUUCUUUGUGGCAGAGCCUCUCCUUCUCAGGGCGCACAAACAAUCUGUGGUGUAGAACAAGUGUAAUUGCACUAAAUCCCAGUUGUAUGAUAUUUGAUAGUAUACAGUACAUUUUAGACAUAGCAUUUAUGCUUGUUCCUCAAUAUGAGUGUUAAUGAUUUCUUUUCCCCGAGGAGUGAUGAAUACACACAUUCAGUUGCUUGUGUGUUCUUAAUUUAUUCUGUUUUCAAUUUUUAACAUUUGCACUGGAAAUGAAUGGAUGUGUGUUCAAAUGACAUGUGUGCUUGUCAGGAUUGCAGAUAGAUGAUAAGAUUAAUACAUAUACAAUAAACAAAAAAAACUGA